CUCAGCCACAGCAGAAUGUUUAAAAAACUCACCAAAUUCAUUGUAAAUCAAAUGGAUCCAUGUGAAGAAUUGGUCCCUGUCGAGAGCAUUGCAGACAAUGAGCACUUCAGGCCUCUCUAUCUACUGAAAAAAAAGAGAAAACCACAAACCAUAUUCCACCGAGCUCCCUACUACCAGCGGACAGGGUUCACACUGCAUGAUGUGCUGCUGCCUGGAGAAGAUGGUGAAAGCACAGAGCCCCUGCUUCAAGAUUCCAGACAAAUUCCUCUCACAAAAACCAGUAGAGACCAAGCUGAUGGAGGUCUCAGCAUUCCUUGUGACCCUGCAAGUGUAGAUCUGCAAGGAGGUGCCUCCUUCUCCGAGGCAUUUUCUGUCAAGCCACAGAAGAAGAGCAUUUCACUGCAGUCACUGGAGGCACUGACAAAAGAAAGAAAAAUCAACAUGGAUCAUUCAUUCAUCCAACAACUCCAGAGAACAGACAUCAAUCUAUACGUGGUCACUGAAAUCCUCGAAGCCUCAGAGGAGACUGUCUACAAGGAAUCCACCAAGGCACACGGGGGCUUCAAGGCCAAAUUUUAUGCCACACUCUCUGCAAAGGGCACCAGACAGAAUAACCAAUGCAUAGUCAUACCCAAGGGCUGCACCCUGGCCUUCAGGAUCAUCCAGCUACAAAUUAGAGAUGGAUACUGGCAUCUGGAUUAUUUCCCAGUGGGACCUGUGAGACCGAAAAUCUAUGUAAGUGAUGGUGCCUCACAAGAAAAAUUAGGAGUAGUGGUGAGUGAAGUUAAAUACCGCUGUCAAAUUUUCUCCAAGAUGUGUCCUGACCGCCUGCUCAUUGUCUUCAACACCAUCAAAGCUGUCAUGAGAGACAAGAACCUCCUUCAAGAGCUCAGCCAGAAAAUGGAAGAUAUUCCUGAGCAAAAUGAUGGGUAUGAGCUGAAAACUGAGAGCCCAGAUUUAAAAGACCUGUUCAGCAUCUUACAGCAUUCUGCAAUAUGGCGUCGUGUGUUUGCACAACAAAUCACCUACAUCCUUGAUGCUUUGCAUGAGCUAAUGGAUGAUCAGCUGCUGCUGUUGCUGGAAUCCUUGGAAAGGAAGAUUCUGUCCCAACAGCUGAAACUGGUUGAAAAGCUGCUAGAACAUGACCUGGAGGAUAAGAUGUGUAUUUUCCAUGUGGAUGCCAGGCUGCUCUCCUUCCCACACAAGGAGGAUCAGUUGUUAACCAUGGAACUGGUGGAGCUGAGUGGAGUGCAGCUCCAGGAAGAUGGAUCAGCUGUUUCUUUGGAUCAACCCUUCGAGGCCGUGGCAGCCCUGUUUGUGGCCCUGUAUGCCCUCAACCUCCUGAGUGGCUCCAAGUAGGACACACCAGGCCCUGCCCAUGGAAACCCUCGGUAAAGCAUCAGGAAAUCUCUGCUGACCAACCACAUUUCUCUCCCAAUAUCAUCCUUGCUAAUUCUCAAGGCAGUUUUAGCUGGGAAAAGCAAAUUUAAGGCUAGAAAAUU